CCACUCUGAGAGUCUUCACCUCAAACUUUACAGCCUGAAGAAGAUAAGAGAGAGAGAGAGAGAGAGAGAGAGAGAGAGAGAGAGAGAGAGAGAGAGAGAGAGAGAGAGAGAGAGAGAGAGAAGGAGGGAGGACUCAGCUGCAUGUCGCUUUGCACAAACCCAGUCUCCUCUCUUUCUUUCUGUCGUCUUUUUGCUCAUUUGGAGUCAAACCCGAGUCUUUCGGAGGGUUUCCCGCUGUGCUGUCAUGCAGAACCCGGCAGCGACUUUCCCCAGCGACUGACGAGGAAGACGAGAGGAGUGUGUGUGUGAGAGUGUGUGUGUGUGUGAGAGUGUGUGUGUGAAGUUCAGGCUCCAACAGGUUGGAUGUGAGCUGCCGCGGCGUGAACAACAACAACUUCUCUCUCCGCUCCUCUCGGACGUCCAGAGGCGGCGGCGGCGGCGGCGGCGGGACGUUUUGUUUGUUUGUUUCUUUGUUUAGGCUACUUGUUUACUUGUGAGAGUCAACAGCAACAUCAAGCGGCUGCAGGAUGUCGGACUCAGCCUCCAGCUUCCUCCAUAUCGGGGAUAUUGUGUCUCUGUACGCCGAGGGCUCCGUCAACGGCUUCAUCAGCACCCUGGGGUUGGUAGAUGACCGUUGUGUGGUGGAACCGACGGCGGGAGACCUGGAGAACCCCCCCAAGAAGUUCAGAGACUGUCUGUUUAAAGUUUGUCCGAUGAGUCGAUACUCGGCACAGAAACAGUUCUGGAAAGCCAAACAGGCCAAACAUGAGAAGGACAAGAUCGCUGAUGUGGUGCUGCUGCAGAAACUACAGCAUGCCUCCAACCUGGAGCAGAAGCAGAACGAGACAGAGAACAAGAAGGUGCAUGGAGACGUGGUGAAGUACGGCACCGUCAUCCAGCUGCUCCAUAUGAAGAGUAAUAAAUAUCUGACGGUGAACAAGCGGCUGCCGGCGCUGCUGGAGAAGAACGCCAUGCGAGUGACUCUGGACGGGACGGGGAACGAGGGCUCCUGGCUCUUCAUACAGCCCUUCUGGAAGCUGCGUGCCAACGGAGACAAUGUGGUGGUUGGAGACAAAGUCAUCCUGAAUCCGGUGAACGCCGGCCAGCCGCUCCACGCCUCCAACUACGAGCUGACUGACCACCCGGGCUGCAAGGAGGUGAACUCUGUGAACUGCAACACCAGUUGGAAAAUCAACCUGUUCAUGAUGUUCAGCGACCACAGAGAGGAAGUCCUCAAAGGAGGCGACGUGGUGCGUUUGUUCCACGCCGAGCAGGAGAAGUUCCUGACCUGCGACGAGUACAAGAGCAGAAUCCACGUUUUCCUCCGAACGACGCUCAGACAGUCUGCGACCUCGGCCACCAGCUCCAACGCCCUGUGGGAGGUCGAGGUUGUCCAUCACGACCCGUGUCGAGGGGGGGCGGGCCACUGGAACAGCCUCUACCGCUUCAAACACCUGGCUACUGGCAACUACCUGGCUGCUGAGGAGAACCCGGGCUAUAAGGGGGACAGCCCUGAGCUGUCGUCCUCGAUUGACGGUAGUCGUAGCAACAAGCGUAGCCACGGUGAGAGGGUCAAGUACAAGCUGGUGGCAGUGCCUCACGGGAACGACAUCGCCUCGCUGUUUGAGCUCGACCCGACCACCCUGCAGAAGACCGACUCGUUCGUGCCACGGAACUCGUACGUUCGCCUCAGACAUCUGUGCACCAACACCUGGAUCCAGAGCACCAACGUCCCCAUCGACAUCGAGGAGGAGAGACCCAUCAGACUCAUGUUGGGAACGUGUGCCACUAAAGAGGACAAGGAGGCCUUCGCCAUCGUCUCCGUUCCCGUGAUGGAGAUCCGAGAUCUGGACUUCGCCAACGACGCCAGCGCCAUGCUGAGCACCGUGGUCGACCAGUUCAACCAGGGCUUCAUCAGCCAGAACGACCGCCGGUUUGCCAUUAAGCUGCUGGAGGAUCUGGUUUUCUUCGUGGCCGACGUCACCAACAGCGGCCAGCCGGUGCUGGACGUGGGCAUGACCAAGGCCAACAGAGAGAGACAGAAACUCAUGAGAGAGCAGAACAUUCUCAAACAGAUCUUCGGCAUCCUGAAGGCCCCGUUUAAAGACAAGGGUCCGGAGGGGCCCCUGCUGCGUCUGGAGGAGCUGGCCGACCAGAAGAACGCUCCGUACCAGUACAUGCUCCGCCUCUGCUACCGCGUCCUGCGCCACUCGCAGGAGGACUACCGCAAGAACCAGGAGCACAUAGCGAAGCAGUUUGGCGUGAUGCAGAGUCAGAUCGGCUACGACAUCCUGGCCGAGGACACCAUCACCGCUCUGCUGCACAACAACCGCAAACUGCUGGAGAAACACAUCACCAAGACCGAGGUGGAGACCUUCGUCAGCCUCGUCCGCAAGAACCGAGAGCCCAGGUUCCUGGACUACCUGUCAGAUCUGUGUGUAUCCAACAAUGUGGCGAUCCCCGUCACACAGGAGCUGAUCUGUAAAUGUGUCCUCGAGCCCAAAAACCAGGACAUCCUCAUCAAAACAGAGCGUCGCGUCCCCAGAGACACGCACCCCGUCGCCGCUCAGGGAGAAUACCUGGGCCUGGACGACUACGGCGAGGAGGACGAGGUGUGGCUUGUGUGGAUGGACAAGACCAACGAGCGUCAGGAGAAGAGCAUCAGGCAGCUCGCCCAGGAGGCGAGGCAGGGCAACGCCCACGACGAGAACGUGCUGACCUACUACAGGUACCAGCUGAAGCUGUUUGCGCGGAUGUGCCUGGACCGGCAGUACCUGGCCAUCGACGAGAUCUCCAAGCAGCUGGACGUCGAGCUCAUCUUCCUCUGCAUGAUGGACGAGACGCUGCCCUUCGACCUGCGCGCCUCCUUCUGCCGCCUCAUGCUGCACGCGCACGUGGACCGCGACCCGCAGGAGCUGGUCACGCCCGUCAAGUUCGCCCGGCUCUGGACCGAGAUCCCCACCGCCAUCACCAUCAAGGAUUACGACUCCAACAUGGACGACAGCAGAGACAACAAGAAGAACCGUUUCUCCAGCACCAUGGCGUUCAUGGAGGAGUACCUGAACAACGUGCUGAUCGACGAGCUGCCCUUCCACAACGAGGAGAAGAACAAGCUCACGUAUGAGGUGGUGAGUCUUGCUCGCCAUCUGAUCUACUUUGGUUUCUACAGUUUCUUCGAGCUGCUCCGACUCACCAGGACUCUGCUGGGCAUCAUCGACUGUAUUCCCAACCCCGCUCACACAGGACUGAUGUUCCACGACGACGGAUCGGGGAAGAACGUGAAGCGCUCGAUCCACGGGAUGGGCCAGAUGAUGUCCACCAUGGUCCUCAACAGGAAGCAGUCCAUAUUUGGCGGAGCGGUGGGCCGAGGGGCGGGGCUGGGGGCGGGGCUUGUGCUUGACGGACAGAGAGCCAGUAAAGACAGCAUCGACAAGAUGGACCUGACGGUGAUGGACACCAAGCUGAAGAUACUGGAGAUACUGCAGUUCAUCCUGAACGUACGUCUGGAUUAUCGUCUCUCCUUCCUGCUCUCCGUCUUUAAAAAAGAGUUUGUGGAUGUUUAUCCCAUGGCCGACGCCGACGCCACCACCAACAUGGAGCAAGCAGCCGCGCUCAACCUGCAGCACAUCGGGGAGCAGGCCGAGGCCAUGUUCGGAGUCGGGAAGGGGAACAGCAUCCUGGAGGUGGAUGACGAGGGCGGCCGGAUGUUCCUGCGGGUUCUGAUCCACCUGACGAUGCACGACUAUCCUCCUCUGGUGUCUGGAGCUCUGCAGCUGCUGUUCAAACAUUUCAGCCAGAGACAGGAGGUCCUGCACACCUUCAAACAGGUCCAGCUGCUGAUCUCGGCUCAGGACGUGGAGAACUACAAGCUGAUCAAGGCGGAUCUGGAUCGACUGCGGAUGCUGGUGGAGAAGUCGGAGCUGUGGGUGGAGAAGAAGAGCGCCGGAGGAGGAGAGGGCAAAAAGGACAAGAAAGACAAGAAGGAGAAAGGAGAGGGGGCGUCAGAGGAAAUGACGCCCAAGAAGGACAAACUGGAGAAGAGCAGCGAGAACUACCAGAAAGUCAAAGAGAUCCUGGAGCGGCUGAAUAAGAUGUGCAGCAGCGGCGUUUGGAAGAAGCAGCAGAGGCUGCUGAAGAACAUGGGCGCUCAUAAAGUCAUGUUGGACCUGCUGCAGGUCUCCUACGACCAGGUCGAACAGUUUGGUCACCAUUCUGCUGGGGAUGAUCGUGUUGAGCGCGGCGCUAAAAUCCACGAACAGCAACCGCACGUAUGUCCCCAGGUGCUCCAGAACGAUGUGAAGAUGCAGGAGAUCAUCCGCUACACACAUCUGUUCCUGCAGAAGUUCUGCAUGGGGAACCAGGAGAACCAGGCUCUGCUGCACAAGAACCUCAACCUCUUCCUCAACCCCGGGCUGCUGGAGGCGGAGACGGUGCAGCACAUCUUCAGUAACAACUACCAGCUGUGCAGCGAGAUCUCCGAGGGCGUCCUGCAGCACUUCAUCCACUGCCUGGCCACGCACGGCCGCCACGUCCAGUACCUCAACUUCCUGCACACCAUCAUCAAGGCCGAGGGCAAGUACGUCAAGAAGUGCCAGGACAUGAUCAUGACCGAGUUGACGAACGCAGGUGAGGAUGUGGUCGUCUUCUAUAAUGACAAGACCUCCUUCGCCACCAUGCUGGAGCUGAUGGCGGAGAGCAGGGAGGGCGUCGGCGAGAGCAGCCCGCUCAGGUAUCACAUCUCUCUGGUGGAGCUGCUGGCGGCCUGUGCGGAGGGGAAGAACGUUUACACUGAAAUCAAAUGUACGUCGCUGCUGCCGCUGGAGGACGUGGUCAGAGUGGUGACGCACGAGGACUGCAUCACCGAGGUGAAGGUGGCCUAUGUGAACUUUGUGAAUCACUGCUACGUGGACACUGAGGUGGAGAUGAAGGAGAUUUACACGUCCAACCACAUCUGGAAGCUGUUUGAGGAUUUCACCGUGGACAUGGCCAGGGUGUGUAAUAAACGGGACAAGCGUCUCUCUGAUCCGAUCUUGGAGAAGUACAUCAUCAACGUGGUGUUCGACACCAUCAACGCCUUCUUCAGCUCGCCGUUCUCUGAGAACAGCACGUCUCUGCAGACUCAUCACACCAUCGUGACCCAGCUGCUGCAGUCCAGUGUGCGGCUGCUGGACUGUCCGUGGCUCCAGCAGCAACACCGAGGCCUGGUGGAGACCUGCAUCAAGACCCUGGCUAUGACCGCUAAGACUCGCUCCAUCUCUCUGCCUCUGGAUCUGGAGGCUCAGAUCAGCUCUAUGUUGUCUACUUCUGCUCUCAACUCGCUGUCCCGCUCCAACCCGAGCUACAAAUCCUCGUCCCGCUCCUCCCGGCCCGUGGCCUCCAGCAACCCCUGGGACUACAAGAACAUCAUCGAGAAGCUCCAGGACAUCAUCAACACUCUGGAGGAGCGCCUGAAGCCGCUGGUGAACGCUGAGCUCUCGGUGCUGGUCGACGUUCUCCACCAGCCUGAGCUGCUCUUCCUGGAGGGAACCGAGGCCCGACAGCGCUGCGAGUCCGGAGGAUUCAUCUCCAAGCUGAUCCAGCACACCAAGGCGUUGAUGUCGUCAGAGGAGAAGUUGUGUAUCAAAGUUCUGCGAACGCUGCAGGAGAUGCUGAUCAGGACGCUGGACUUUGACGACAAGGGAAUCGCUCUGCGGAAGGUUUUGCUGCAGAAUUACCUUUAUCCCAACAAGAAGAACAACCUGAAGAGCGACCUGGCAGAGCUGGGAGCUGCAGGCGCAGAGCAGGAGCGGGACUGGGCGGCGGUGGCGGCGGUUCAGUGCCGUCUGGACAGAGAGGGAGGAACCCGGCUGUUCACCGACCUGGUGAUGAGCACCAAGAACGACAAGAUCUUCCAGGAGAGCAUCCAGCUGGCCAUCUGCCUGCUGGAGGGAGGCAACACUGAGAUCCAGAACUCCUUCUACAAACUGAUGAUGGGCGACAACAAGUCAGAGAAGUUUUUCAAGGUUCUGCAUGAGAGGAUGAAGGAAGCCCAGAUGGACAUAAAGGCCACGGUGUCUGUCAACGUUGGAGAGAUGACCCACAAGGCCAACGAGAAGGAGCUGGACGGUGGUUCUUCAGCGUUGGUUCUGCCUGGUUCAGGAAGUCACCCCCUAUUGGUCCAGGGCCAGUCCAUCGCCCCGGUGCCCGGCGCCUCCUCCCUGCCAGCCCAGCCAGCAGAGGAGCAGAGGGAGGUGGAGACGGAGAUGGGACCAGCUGUCACCAUCAUGAAGCCCAUCCUGAGGUUCCUCCAGCUGCUGUGUGAGAACCACAACCAGGAUCUGCAGAACUUCCUGCGGUGCCAGAACAACAAGACCAACUACAACCUGGUGUGUGAGACGCUGCAGUUCCUGGACAUCAUGUGUGGAAGCACCACCGGGGGCCUGGGCCUGCUGGGCCUCUACAUCAACGAAUCAAACGUCCACCUGAUCACCCAGACGCUGGAGACGCUCACCGAGUACUGCCAGGGCCCCUGCCAGGAGAACCAGACGUGUAUUGUGACCCAUGAGUCCAACGGCAUUGACAUCAUCACGGCGCUGAUCCUGAACGACAUCAGUCCUCUGUGUCGCUACCGCAUGGAGAUGGUGCUGCAGCUCAAGGACAACGCCUCCAAGCUGCUAUUGGCUCUGAUGGAGAGUCGUCAUGACAGCGAGAACGCAGAGAGGAUCCUGUUCAACCUCCGACCCCGAGAGCUGAUGGAGGUGAUAAAGAAAGCCUAUCAGCAGGAGAGUGAGUGUGAGGGAGGGGAGGUCUCUCCGCGGGAGGUGGGGCACAACAUCUACAUCCUGGCACAGCAGCUGGCCAGGCACAACAAGGCGCUGCAGAGUCUCCUCAAACCUCCCAAGAAGAGCAAAGAUGAUGGAGAGGAGGGCAUCUCCUCCAUGCUGAACCUGAACAACCGUCCUCUGUCUCAGAUGUUGAAGUCCUCAGCUCCAGCCGCUGUGAUGGAGCAAGACCCUCUGGAGUACUACGACCAGCUGACCGCACAGAUAGAGAUCGUGAGAGAGGAUCGCAGCAUGGAGCAGAUCGUGUUUCCUGUCCAUCCCAUCUGUGAGUUCCUCACUGAGGAGUCCAAGUUCCGCGUCUUCAACACCACCGAGCAAGACGAGCAGGGGUCGAAGGUCACGCACUUCUUCGACCAGGCCUCCUUCCUGCACGGGGAGAUGGAGUGGCAGAAGAAGCUGAGGAGCAUGCCGGUGUUGUAUUGGUUCUCCAGGAGAAUGACUCUGUGGGGUUCCAUCUCCUUCAACCUGGCUGUCUUCAUCAACCUCAUCAUCGCUUUCUUCUACCCGUACGCCUCUGGACAAGGAGCGAUCGAUGACUCCAUGCUGCUGAUGUUGUUCUGGAUCCUGACGGGUCUGUCGGUGUUGGGUUUGUUCUCUCAGCGUUACGGCCUCAGACCGCUGACCGUGGCUCUGAUACUGAGGUCCAUCUACCACCUGGGCAUCGGGAACACACUCAUCCUGCUGGGGACGCUGAACCUGAUCAAUAAAGUUGUGUUCGUGGUGAGUUUCGUGGGGAACAACGGGACGUUCAUUAUGGGAUAUAAAGCCAUGGUGAUGGACGUGGAGUUCCUCUACCACCUGGGAUACGUGCUCACCUCCACCCUGGGCCUGUGUGUGCACGAGCUCUUCUACAGCAUCCUGCUGUUUGAUCUGAUCUACCGCGAGGAGACGCUGUUCAACGUGAUAAAGAGCGUGACUCGUAACGGACGCUCCAUCCUGCUGACGGCGCUGCUCGCCCUCAUCCUCGUCUACCUCUUCUCCAUCGUCGGCUUCCUCUUCCUCAAGAACGACUUCAUCAUGGAGGUCGACCCGCUGCCGCAGCUCGCCGCCGCAGCCUCGGAGCAGAGCGAGGCCUCGCAGGAUUUCCUCAAGUCGUGCUCUGCAGACGGCGUGAGCUGCACGGCCGAGAGCAGCUCCGCCGCCGCCGCUGCCGCCGCCGAGGAGGAGGAGGAGGAGCCGAACUCGGAGCGGGCGUGCGACACUCUGUUGAUGUGUAUUGUGACGGUGCUGAACCACGGCCUGAGGAACGGAGGAGGAGUGGGCGACGUUCUCCGCAAGCCAUCCAAGAACGAGCCCCUGUUCCCGGCCCGAGUGGUGUACGACCUGCUCUUCUACUUCAUCGUCAUCAUCAUCGUGCUGAACCUGAUCUUCGGCGUCAUCAUCGACACGUUCGCCGACCUGAGGAGCGAGAAGCAGAAGAAGGAGGAGAUCCUGAAGACCACCUGCUUCAUCUGCGGUCUGGAGCGGGACAAGUUCGACAACAAGACGGUGUCGUUUGAGGAGCACAUCAAACUGGAACACAACAUCUGGAACUACCUUUACUUCAUCGUCCUCGUCCGAGAGAAGAACAAGACCGACUACACCGGGCCGGAGAGCUACGUGGCACACAUGGUCAAGAAUAACAACCUGGACUGGUUUCCACGGAUGCAGGCCAUGUCUCUGGUGGUAACCGACGGCGACGGCGAGCAGAACGAGAUGAGGAUGUUACAGGAUAAACUGUCGUCGACCAUGAAAGUUGUCACGACGCUGACCAGCCAGCUGACGGAGCUGAAGGAGCAGAUGACGGAGCAGAGGAAGAGGAGGCAGAGGAUGGGAUUUGUUGACGUCCAGGCGGGAGCGAGCGCCGCGCUGCCCCCUAGUGCCGCCGGAGGAAACCACCAGAUCUACAAGACAUAAGGACGGAGUCGCCCGGAGCCUGACGGACUGAAGGGGCUGGCAGACUCUCCCUCUGCUGCUGGUGGAAACAGGAAGUUAUCUAACAACACUAGAGCUACUAAACAUAGAGAUAGACUGAUGUUCCUCCCUCAGCCACCAGGGGGCGUGGCCGUUUCUGCACGUUUUUCUUUCCUGUUUGUGUAAAAAGGCUUUUGAGCAGCGGACGCCACCUCAGCAAACCAUGACUCAUCACCGCCAUCAGCACCGAGUCUGCGCUUCUCAACCCUCAGGCCGUCAGGGACCCCCAAAGUCAGACCCUGUUCCACAGGAUUUAGUCUCAGGGAUCCUAAUCCGAUCAGAUUUAGUUAUUCCACAGCUGUCUGUACUGUAGAUUAGCAGAUUAACAGUGAAGAGUCAAAGCUGUGACCUGAUUGGUCGGUCUAAUAUGUGCUAAACUUCAACUCCGUGACAUAAUAGUGAAAUUAAAAGACCCCUGUUCUCCUGGGGACCCCACCUGGAACCCCCUCAAGGACCCCUGGGGGUCCCUGGACCGCAGGUUGAGACCCACUGACUUCUGGUCCGUGUCCACAGGUGUGUGUGUGUGUGUGUGUGUGUGUGUGUGUUUGAUGACAGUUCAGUGAAAUCUGUCCUCAGUCGUUUCAAAGUUUCUCUGAAGUUUCCAGAGGCGGCGAGUUGUUCUGGACGCCUCCUAAUUUGCAUAAAGUCGCCUCGACCUCAGCUUUAUGCCAAUGAGGAGACGCCGACGGGACGCCGCGCCUCUCGAAACGCAGCGCUACCAGAAUGCAUUGCAGGGCUGCUUACAGAGACAGUGAAUGAGAAGCGUGGAGACCGAUCCUGUGGACACGGACCGUCAGCGGAGAGCGCAGCGUGGCUCCAGACAUCUUGUUUAUUUUAUUUUAUUUUAUUUUUCAUUAAUAAAUGUGUCACUAUAAAUUAUCAAAAAUGUAUUUAUGUGGAAAAACAGACACAGAUGUGACAGUUGGGGGGCUUACAGGUGAUCUGGCAGCCAUAUUGGAGGUUCUUGGUUCUCUUUGCUGGUUGAUUUGGGGUUGAGAUGUCAGCGUGUGAGCUAGCUAACGUAACAUCUGCUCGGCUAAAACAGAUGUUUUUCUGAUUGGACAUUGUGGAUCAAAUCAAAUGAGAGCCUCAGAGAUGUGAAGGCGUCGUGGGGUAAUCCAUGGUGAAACAUGAAACAGCGUAAAGGCAAAGGUUACAGCUUUCCUGGUGACUGAAAAUCAGUUUCUGACUGACACAAGUUUGUAUUUUUCACCUGAGGAGUUUAGACAGGAAGUCCCGCCCUCCACAAACCUUCUCACCAAUCAUAAAGACUUCUCAUCCACCUGUACACACCACGUGGCUAAGCUAGCUUUCAUCCUUCCACAGUUUAUCCCAGAGAGACGUUGAAGCUACUGAGAAAAACAAGUUUUGGCCUCGGCACCAAAAGUUUGGGUAUUAAACGCGUCCAAAAUAUGAAUUCUGUGUAAAGAUAAAACAUAAUAACAAGAGAAAUUUCAUCAGCAAGAGAGGCUAAUCUGGAAAAUCAGGCGAACUCUCACCACCACCAACAGGAGCCCUUUCAGUUUUGCUGAAUUAGCCUGGUGGCUAAUCAGCGAGCUAACAGUCUGGUGUGGCUGAGCCGACUCUUCUGAAAAUACAAACUUGUGGUGUUUCUGCGGUGAACCUCCAGCAUGGAGCCGCCCCCGCUACGGAAACCUGGGAGGGAAAUGUGACGCCUCAGGUCAGAGGUCAGCAUUUCAAUGUCAUACAGGGUGUUGACCAGAUCAGUGUGUGUGUGUGUGUGUGUGUGUGUGUGUCAGAGAGAUGUGAGAAUACUGUUUGUUUCAUACCUGGUAUCAGCUCACUUUAAAUGCAGUCAUUUAAACGAGUAAAUUAUGUAAAUAGAAACUGACAUUCAGCAUUAAUGUGUUAGCACGCUAUGCUACAUGUUAGCCUUCACAUGCUGAAUGCUCUUCAGUGGUUCUUGCUUGAAUGUAAAGUGACUUUGAACACAGUCGUGUGUUUUCGACAGUAAGGCCAGAGAUAGUGUAGUUUUUUAGUAAUAUAUUGUUAUUCUAGUUUAAUAUUUAUAGAGCGAGGAGCGCCACUUUAAGUAACACUGUCAGCGAGUAGCGACACUGGAUAUGUGAGUGAGCUGCGUUCAGCUAAACGCUAACGCUCGCUAACACAGGUCUGUGUAAUGUUCAUUUUUAAUGUGUGUGUGUGUGUGUGUGUGUCGGGGGAACAGCAGACAAGACGAAGACCACACAUCUUCAAACAAU